AUGGCGGCCGUAGGCACAGCCCAAGCCAUGGACAUAGAGCCUCAAUUCCGCGCGCCGCAGUACCACGCGCCGCGCCAAGACCCCACCAACGUCGUUAACCCUGCUGACGCUAGGAUGGAUCAAAUCGGCAGCCCUGACCGCAUGCCCCGCCUUGCUCCCAGUAGGACCGCAUCGCCUCCCAGACGGGACACGAAUUCCCUACUUUCCCGCCGCAAUCGCGGAGAGCUCAGUCCGCUGACCACGUUUCAAUCCCUUUCCACCUCCGCGCAAGCUUCGUCCGCUUCCGCCACUCCGCUAGAGUCCUUAGCGCGGGGUGUGUUUGCCCCUGCCGAUGGGGGGCGGAGCUCCCGUUCCCCCUCCCCCCGCCUCUUGCAGCCUUCGACAGGCAACGCCUCCUCGACAAGCUCCCCCGACCAUCCCGCCACCGGACUGUACUUGGGACCCGCGACGCGGAAUUCCCCGCGCGCACUGACGGGCGGCGGAAUACCGUCCGCUCAGCGCGCGGGUUCACCAGCUGGUGUGAAUGUUGGCGCAGUAGCUGGCGCGGGGCUUCCAGUGAACCCUUUCAACCUGGCGCACGGGGGCUGUCCGCGGUCUCCCAUGCGCUCCCGCCAACAGCUUUCCGCGCAUGGCGGCUCCCAGCGCGCAAUCGCGCCAUCCCCGCUUUCCGAGCUGCUUAGCGCGGGAGGUUCGAAUCGGAUGGAUAUCCAGCCCGGCUCGCUAGAAGCAGACUCGUUACAGAUACAGAUUCCGAAGGAUCACAGACAUCUGUCGCAGCAGCAGUUUCCGAGCAACGGUCGAUCGCAACACGGCCAGCAGAGGGAGGAACAUUCGCAAGAGCGCGACUCGUGCUUGGAACAACAGACCCAGCAGCAGUCAGAGCAGCAAGCUCGGCAGCUCUAUUCCCAACAGAGCGUGCCGUCCGCAGUGCCGUCCGCCAUGUUGUCCGCCGUGCCGUCCGCUGUGCCGUCCCAUCGGUCUCCACGAUCGUCGUCACUCGACAGCUACGACCACGUAAUCGCGUCGCAUUCGCCUCACGGCGACUACGGCGGCAUGUCGCACGUGCCCUUCGCACAUCGCCCCCAGCUGCCCUCCCCCAAGCAACUCCACGCGCCUCUCAACCCGCACGCGUCGCAAUCUCCUCCGCCGCCAAACGGCGCGCCAGGCCACAAUUCCCCCUCGCGCGGCGGCGCGGGGCUGCCGAACGCCUGCGCGCCCGUCGCCACCCCCCGACCGGCCCGCCCGUCCCAUCGGCGGACAGCCUCCGCUUCCGCCGCCUCCGCGCUCGCCGACAUGCUCGAGGGCAGCUCCUCCCCGAGCCCCGCUUUCUUCUCCCGCCCGCCCCCUUCCCCGCGCCUCACUCACGCGCAGCCUAUUGCGCCGUCCGCCGCAGCGGCGCUCGUGGCCGUCGCUUCCGCGGGAAGCGGACCCGCGACGCCGCGGGGAGCAUCUCCGCGGAGGAGCCCUUCGCCCGGGGGAGCGCGCGCGUUGAAUAGUGCGAGUCGCGCCGUACAGGACUUGCACGCGCGGCUGCUGGCUGCCGCCCAGAUGGUUGCUGACGGGGACGCGGCGGGUGCAGCUGCUACGGCGGAGGCCGCAGCGGCUGUAGCGGCGGCGAUGCAGCAGCAGCAGCAGCAGCAGCAGCUACAGCAGCAGCAGCAGCAGCAGCAACAGCAGCAGGGAGGGGGGAAACGGCAGGGGCGCGCAAUAGGGAUUUCGGAACUGCAAAUGGAGUUGGGGGGCGCGCAAGGACACUCCGCGGCAGGCGGAAACUCCCGCUUGAGGGGAAUUUCUCCGCUCCAGCAAGCUGGCGGACCAGCAGCGCCAGACGCAGGCCUGGCGGGAGCAGUGGGCGACGCGGACAGGUUAGGGGGAGGCGCGAAUGGCGCAGGAAUGCGAACAGGCGGAGCAGGCGCAGGAGGAGUUUCCCCCACGUUUGAGCGCGCGGAGCAACUGAAGCGGCGGGGGAGCGCGAUGCUGGGGGAAGAGGACAUGCGCGCCCUCUCGCACAUGUCCCUGGGGGGCCCCUCAGCGGGCGUCGUGGGUUCAGGUGGAAUUUCAGGUACGCGCUCAGGCGCAGGUGACUGCGCAGGUUACGGGGGUGCUAGAAACGGUGGAGCUAGUAACGGGGAUGCGGGGGUGUGCAACCGUCCUGUGAAGCAGAGGGUGUCCACGGGUCAUCGUUCCGCUUCCAGUGGCGUUGGCGCGGGAAUCGGCGGUAAUAACGGCGGGGGCAGCGGCGGAGGCAGCAGCGGGGGCAGCGGAGAUUAUGCAUCCGCGCUUUCCGCCGCAGCAUCUGCUGCACUGGCUGCAGCAGGGGCGCCUGCCGGGAUUUUUCCAGGGGAAAUUACCCAGAUUGCCCAGAAAUGGAUGGAGCUUCAGGGGGCGGGCGGGCUGGGGGGGUACAUGCACAAUGCACCCUCGCCCUCCGCCGCUUCUGCCGCCGCCGCCGCUGCCGCUGCGGCUGCCGCGUCCGCACGCGCUUCCGCGUCUGCCGCCGCUGCUGCUGACGUGGCAGCAGCAGCUCGCGCGCAGAAGGCAGCAGCGGAGGCAGUGGCAGCAGCAGCAGCCGGAGGAGGCGGAGGCGCCUCUUUAGGCGGCGCUUCUCCCGUUUCCGCGGUAGCAGCGCGGGCAGCAGCCAAUAGGAGAGCGGCACGUCACCGGCGCACAGGCAGCGCGGAUUUCGUGCUGAACAACCCGGGGGAGGCGCUGAAGCCCGCAGGCCCCCUGCGCCAGACACUCAAGCGCGCCAGCGCCAGCGGGAGCGUGAGCGGAAGCGGGGGCGGGGGCGCGGGGGUUGGGGGGGGCGCGGGCGGGGGAGGGUACCAGCUGGACCGUGUCUCCGCGCCCUGCCUCGCCAAGCUGCUCAACCAACCCGCUUCGGGCCCUUUUGUGGGGUGUGCAGUAGCUUGGGGCGCGGGGGCAGGGGGGAGGCGCGGAGGGGCGGGCGCGGGGGGAGGGGGGGAAGGCGGGGGCAUUGGGGGUGGAGUGGGGGUGGUGGGAAGGCACCGGCCGUCGUCGUCCAUCUCGGGGUUUGCAGGCGACAGGCUUGUGAUGUCUGCUGCUCUUGCCGAGGCCUCCAAACACCUCGCUCUCGCCUCCGCUGCUGCUGCUGCUGCCCCUCACACCGCCGCCGUUCCCAAUGCUGCAGCUGUUUCCAAGGCGCUGUUUCAACAGCAGCAACAGCAGCAGCAACAGCAGCUGAUGCAGCUAUUGCAGCAGCAGCAGAAGCAGCAGCAACAGCAGCAGCAGCAGCAAGGGGUUGCAGAGAGAAUGGAGUUGAAUGAGUCCAGGGCGGAAGCUCACAUGGCGCAAUCUGGGCAGAAACAGCAGCAGGCUUCGCUGCAGCACCAGGUGGUUCCUCAGGUGUUUUCUCAGGUGGUGGCGCCGCACCGCCAGCAGCAGGGGCGGCAGCUGAACGCUACACUGGGGGCGGCUGUGCGCAAGCCUGCGAGUUUUUCGGGCAACGUGGAAGAUGUUUUCGGGCAGUAUGAAGGGCUGCCGCCACGGGACCACGUUCUUAGGAAGGAGUAUGGGGAGAUUAAAGGGCUAUUUGUGCUGCAUAGUAAGGAGCUGGGGAGCGGGCAGUUUGGAAUUAUUCGGCCGUGCAUGGAGGUGGCGACCGGGCAGGUGUUUGCGUGCAAGACCAUCAACAAGAAAUGUAUUCAGACGAAGGAGGACGCGGAGGACAUAAGGAAGGAGGUGGCGUGCCUCACGCUGCUGCGCGGCCACCCUACCAUCGUCGCUCUCAGAGACACCGUGGAGGAUGAGGAGAACAUUCACAUAGUGAUGGAGCUGUGUCAGGGCGGGGACCUGUUCGACCGGGUGAGCAGCAGCGGGCGGCUGACGGAGCAGUGUGCCGCGCGGCUGUGCCGAGCGCUGGUGGAGGCGCUGCUGCACUGCCACUGCCACGGCAUCCUGCACCGCGACAUCAAGCCAGAAAACAUCCUCCUCUGCGACCGAUCGGAGAACUCAAGGAUCAAGCUGGUGGACUUUGGGGUUGCGACCUUCUUUGAGCCCGGCAAGCGGCUCACGGAGGUGCUGGGGACGCCUGAGUACAUGGCGCCAGAGGUGCUGCUGCAGUCGUACGGCCCCGAGGCCGACAUCUGGUCAGCGGGCGUGGUCUUAUACAUCCUGCUGUGCGGCGUGCCGCCCUUCUGGGCGUCGUCGCGCAAGUGCGUGGCGGAGGCGAUCCUCAAGGGCUCCGUGAGCUUUAAAUCCGCUAAGUGGGCGAAUGCAAGCGAGGAGUGCAAGGAGCUUGUAAGGAGGAUGCUUACAAAGGAUCCACGGGAGCGAAUCACGGCAUUGGAAAUUCUGGAUCAUCCAUGGAUUCGCAGGUAUCAAUGA